UCCUUUCUGCUUUAUCAGGCCUUUUUUUUUUCCUCUUCUUCUACAAAUCUCUACCAUCACCACUUGAUUCCCUCCUCUUUUUUCCUCACAAUGCUAUCUUUCACCACUAUCUUCACACUCAUCAUCUCAUUCUAAUGGCUGCUAGAGGAGUUAUGCCUAUGGCUAAGUGCCUCCUUGUCACCUUCCUCAUCUAUCUUCCCAUUCUUUGUUCUUCAGAGACUUUGGUGGGUUUCUCAUAUGAUGCAAGGAAGGUGAGAGACAUAGAUGCAGCAGUGUAUUCUUUCAUUGAGAGGAACAACAUCCCUCCAUCUCAGUUUAGAAUCUUUGCUUCUAACCAUGGAGCCUUGUUAGAUUCCUUGUCCAACACUGACAUCUCUGUUGAUCUGCUUUUGAGUCAUUCCCAAGCUAAAACACUUCCGAAAUCAAGAUCCUCAAGCCAUCUUCCUCUUGUAAAAAUCACUAGCAUUGUUCUGGCAGGUUUUAGCAAAACAGAUCUCUUUUCACUGUUGCCAACUCUGAACACAUUCCAAUCUACAGUAAAAAACUCUGAUGUGAAAGUCUCAGCAAUGUUUUCACUGCCCUGUCUGGAAUCAUUGAACAAGAGUGAAAAGGAGGAGAUGAGGAGAAUCAUGUGGUUCAUUCAGGAAGUUCAGUCUUUCAUUGUUGUUGAAACUCAAGUUGAUGGAGAACUCAGCAUGGGGGAUAGCUUUGUUGAUCAUGUUAUCCAGAGGGCAGUCACUGCAUGUAAAACUCUCCACCAUCCUGCAAUUCCUUUGGUGUUGAAUGUGAAGAGCUCUGUAGUACCAAGUGGAGUGGAGAUAUCUGAAUUCAGUAAGAGAGUUAUGGAUGCCAUUGAGAAACAUUCUGAGAUUAAAAAGAGGAUAUCUGCUAUCUUUGUUGAGAUCUUGCCAAUUACGGAAGACCUGCAGAAGAGAUUAAGAUGGGAAAAGGAGAUGAUCUUCCCUUCUUCUCACAGACAGCUUUUCAAUUAUGAAAUCCAUGAUACAGUAACUCCUGUGACAAACCCGGCAACAACAUCUCCGAUCACUGUCCCAUCUACAAACCCAUCGCCGGGAGUCAUCACUGUGCCAGCUACCAAUCCUGAUACUGUCCUGCCAACAAAUCCUACGACACCCAUCACUGUACCUUCCACAAAUCCUGAUGCCACUCCAAUCACAGCGCCAGGAAUGAACCCUUUGCCAACUCCAAUAACUAACACACCUUUAGCGCCAAUAACCAAUCCUACCAAUCCUGUCACAUCUCCGACAACAGUGCCUGUGACUACUCCGGUGACAAAUCCUGUAACUACAUAUCCUCCGGCCGGGGGAGUUCCUUCAACAACACCAGUUACUAGUCCUGGUACCGACCCGGUUUCACCAGCAGUUUCAGGACAGACCUGGUGUGUUGCGAAGAGUGGCACAUUGGAUUCGGCACUCCAGACUGCACUGGAUUUUGCUUGUGGAAUUGGUGGUGCUGAUUGCUCGGUGAUUCAGGUGUCAGGUAGCUGCUACAAUCCAAACAGUCUCCAAGCUCAUGCUUCAUAUGCAUUCAAUAGCUAUUACCAGAAGAAUCCGGUGCCAACAAGCUGUGAUUUCGGGGGAACAGCAACCCUUGUCAAUAUUAAUCCAAGUACGGGAACUUGUGUGUACCCAUCAUCAAGCUUGACUUCUGGUGUCAAUCCUGCUUCUACUUUCGGUGGUGCUACUGGAACUGGAACUGGAACUGGAACUGGAACUGGUACUGGUGCCGGUGCUGGUACUGCUACUGGUAUUGGUACUGGUGCUGGUGUUGGUUUUAUUCCUGGUGCUGGUAUUGGUGCUGUUCCUGGUCCUGGAUCAGUGUUGAACACAAACAACAGUGCAGGCUCAAGCACUGUAUUUGGUUCAGACACACCAACAGGAAGCAAUGGUCAUUCAAUCCAUCAUCCUGUUUGCUGGACGCUGUUCCUAUCUGUUGUAGCAACAGCCUGCAUCACUGGUAACAUCUGGUAGUUAUCGUUAGCAUCUAUUGUAAAACUAAUAAAUAGCUUCAUGGUUGUGUAGGGAGUAACUAGGGUUGUCAGUGUGAAUACAAGGUUCAUGACUGUUUUUUUCUGCAUAAAAUUUUGUCUGUAAUCUGUGGAUCAAAGUCCCGAGAUGUAGCACAGUUUAUGAAACUAAGAAGGAAGUUUUAUGUAUGAUU